AACUAACCGGAAGGGUCGGUUUCGUGCCAAGAACCAGUUGCUGACUGCUGAGCCCCAAAAAAAGAAGAAGAGGAGAUGGCGCCGAAGAAGAAGAAGAAGAAGCAGCGAGAGCGGCCUCCCUCCCCGGACCCGAGCGGCAUCUUCCACGGCAUGGUCGUCUUCCUCGUCGCAAGGGGCGUCCAAUCUCGACGGCUCCAGGUGUGGAAGCAGAAGCUGAUCCAGAUGGGAGCUUCCAUCGAGGAAACUCUGUCGAAGAGGGUCACGCAUGUCUUCGCCAUGAGCUCCCACUUCCUUCUCCAACAAGUGGGCCGCGAGCAGCUCAAUCGCUUCAGAGGGAGUUUACUUCCCUAUCAGUGGCUGGAGAAUUGUCUGAGAUCAGGGGAGAAGGUGCCUGAAUAUCCAUACACUCUCAGGUUAGACGAGGCCGACAAGUCUGGCGAAGAACCGAAUGAAUCGGCCGAGGCUAGAGAUGGUGAUGAUGAUGAUGCAUCCCCGCAUAUCAAGAAAAUUAAAAAAUCAUCAGCGGAUUCCGUAGAAAAUCGUCGGAGUGAAUCUCGCGCAGCAGGUCACCGAGAUGCAUGCAAGCAUGUAGACGAGCAGGCGACGAUCGAGAAAGGACCUAGUCGCCUCGGCAGCAGAAGUAGCUCUGAAGAUGCCAACUCUAGCAUCAGUUCUCCUGUCGGGUCGGAUGCUGAGACAGGUCUUUCGGAGCACCCCACGUCCUCGCUGUACAGUCCACCAGAUCUAAACAAGAAUAUCACUGAAAUGUUUGGGAAACUCAUCAACAUAUACAGAGCCUUAGGAGAUGACAGAAGGUCAUUCAGCUAUUACAAAGCUAUCCCGGUCAUUGAGAAGCUACCCUUCAAAAUUGAAAGUGUUGGUCAAGUCAAGCAUUUACCUGCAAUUGGGAAAUCUUUGCAGGAUCAUAUUCAUGAAAUUGUGACCACGGGGAAGUUAUCUAAAUUGGAGCACUUUGAGAAUGAUGAAAAGGUACGAACUGUUAGUCUAUUUGGUGAAGUUUGGGGAAUUGGUCCUGCAACUGCUCUAAAAUUAUAUGAGAAAGGAUAUCGUACGCUUGAUGAUCUGAAAAAUGAAGAGUCUCUGACAAAUGCUCAGAGGAUAGGACUACAAUUCUUUGAUGACAUUAAGAAAAGGAUUCCACGACAUGAGGUUAAAGAUAUGGAGAUGAUUUUACAAAAAGCUGCACAAGAUAUUCAACCUGGGAUAAUUGUUGUUUGUGGGGGUUCUUAUAGACGUGGCAAAUCUUCUUGUGGAGACUUGGAUAUCGUUAUCACUCAUCCUGAUGGGGAAAGCCACAAAGGCUUUUUACGUAGGUAUAUCCAAUAUUUGAAAGGCAUCAACUUUCUGAGAGAGGAUCUUGUAAUUAGCAUGCAUAGCACUGAUGGAACAGAUUCUGGGGUUGACACAUACUUUGGUCUUUGCACAUAUCCUGGUCAAGAGCUGCGACAUCGCAUUGACUUUAAGGUAUACCCGAGGAACAGAUAUGCAUUUGGGCUAAUUGCAUGGACCGGAAACGAUGUGUUAAACAGGAGAUUGAGAUUAUUAGCCGAGUCCAAAGGGUAUAGACUCGACGACACGGGGCUUUAUCUGGCAACUCAAGGCUCAGCUGGCAAGCGAGGGACAAAAGCAGGCACGAUGGUGAGUUGCGAUACGGAGAAAGACGUGUUCGACAUACUUGGAUUUCCCUGGCUGGAACCGCAUGAGAGGAACCUGUGAUGUGAAUGUUCCAUCUUUCCUACUGUUGGGCUUCAGAGGAGCGGGCUGAUAUUGCAAAAAGAUCUCGAUUGAGUAGUUACAUUUGCUGCAACAGUAUAGGGAACUGGUUUCAUGAUUUGCAGCAAGAAUACACUAUCGGGAGAACAGAAGCAAAACUAGAAGGAAAGAGAAAUAUGAGUAAACUAGUAGUAAUAUCUUCUCCGAUCAAACAAGCAUUCACAAAAUCAAAGUUCCCUUCUGUAGCGCUAAUCUAAUCUAAUCCAAAAGGCUUUAUUAUAAGCUCCGACCCUACGAACCGAACAACUAAUUUGGCCCAUUCAAAAGCUUCUGU